UAGUCAUUGCGAAUACUUUUGUAUGCUUAAAUAACAGACGUUUUAAAGCUGAGCAGGCGCUUAUUAUUAUUAUUUUUUUAACGCGAACUAACGAGGAAGGGAAAAUGUCCGAAGACGCUGUCGUCGUCACACUGGAAACGGGCACCGGGGCCCCCACGUCGUUCCCCGUUGUUCUGAAGAAAAUAAUGGAAAUGCCUCCGCCGAAUAUACUGGACGGUGAUGAAGACACUGACAAGGAGAAACUGGGUCUGGAUGACAGUGCCGACCUGGGCGGAGGAGUCAGUGAGAUGGGGCCGUCAGCCGCCCUCACCCCCGCUAUCUGGGACAAGACCAUCCCCUAUGGCGACGAGGACUUCCACCUGGAGUACAUGGACCUCGAGGAGUUCCUCAUGGAGAACGGCAUCUCCGCCUCACAGGGAGAAGACUCCCUCCAAGGGAGCAUUUCGAUGGAAAAGAAGAAGGCCGACGUGGGCCUGCUGCCCAUUGAGGAGCUGGGCAAGUGUGAUGAGGAGGUGGUGAUCAUCACUAACUGCGAGACAGACAUCACGUGUGAUGUUACGUCAGAAGUAAAAACAGAAGCAGAGUGCACGUCACCAGAGCCUGUUAAUCCUGACGAAAUCGAAGUCGAAAUCAACUACGAGCCAGACCCCACAGACCUGGUCUUGUCUAGUGUACCGGGGGGCGAACUCUUCAACCCCCGCAAACACAAGUUCAGCGAAGAAGAGCUCAAGCCUCAGCCCAUGAUUAAGAAAGCUAAAAAGGUGUACGUUCCUGACGAACAGAAGGACGAAAAGUACUGGCACAGACGAAACAAGAACAACGUGGCAGCCAAGCGCUCACGCGACGCCCACAGACUAAAAGAGAACCAGAUCACGGUGCGAGCGGCGUUCUUGGAGCGGGAGAACUCGGUUUUGAGGACUGAGGUGUCGGACCUGCGCAAGGAGUGCAGCUCCUACAAGGACAUCGUGGGUCACUACGAAGCCAAAUUUGGAAAACUGUAAGGGACACAAUAUGUGUAUGAAAUAUUGUCAGAUGUACUGACCCAACACAAUACACUUUGUGGGCUGACGAACAGGGAGGGAGGGAGGAGUCAUUUCCUGCUUGUUGCUGGUGAAAUGUCCUUCAACACAAAUAUGUCACUCAUCCUUCUUCUCUUCUCUUUCAAGUGCGGUGCCAGUAGACCACAUUUGAUUUAUUUUUCUAACACGUGAAUAAACAAAUGACACACACAGAACAUUUUAAUAGACCGGGUGUAGAAGAGAAGGAGCCACAGUAGCAGCGUGUGCGCAAUGCAAGGCAAUACAAGCUAUUACAAUGUACCUGUACUUUUUUAAUCAUCCAUGUAAGUGAAUAAGAUGAUAGUCAAGUACAUAAAAUAGAAUUUAAUUGUCAUUCCACUUCAAAAAGUACAACGAAUUUAGUUUUCAGUACAUUUCCCCGAUGUUGUGUAUUUUCAUUUAGGUGACAAUUAUGGGUUUUCGUUAUACAGUAUAUCUUUAAGGGAGCGACAACAAUAUUUCAAAGAUAGUAUAAGUUGGUUCAUCUUCACAUGUCUUUUUAAAGAAGUGUCUUUUUUUCAUUGAUAGUAAAUGACUGGGACAUGUCUUCAGGGGAUUAGUGAUAUUCUGUGAUUCCUGUUUCAGUUUGUGUGUCUGCCCCUCUUGUCUCUGCACAGCGGACUAGCUUGGGGCGGCAUAGCUCGGUUGGUAGAGCGGCCGUGCCAGCAACUUGAGGGUUGCAGGUUCGAUCCCCACUUCCGCCAUCCUAGUCACUGCCGUUGUGUCCUUGGGAAAGACACUUUACCCACCUGCUCCCAGUGCCACCCACACUGGUUUAAAUGUAACUUAGAUAUUGGGUUUCACUAUGUAAAGCGCUUUGAGUCACUUGAGAAAAAGCGCUAUAUAAAUGUAAUUCACUUCACUUCACUUAUUCACUGCAUAGUCCGUUUGUCCAUGUAUUAUUUAGUGGAAUGUAAUAUACAAAGUAUCACUUGUUGGUGAUUUAGUCUACUUGUGUACUUUUUUAUUUUGUACAUAAUCCAUCAUGGCAUAAAGAAAGUUGUGAGCCUUUAUACAUUUUCUUUCAUUCUUCAUAUGUAUUUCAC